CCAAAUCGGGGUGGGGGGGUCGGGGGGGGCGCUGAAGCGCGCACGGGUUGCAGGGCAGGCAGGAGGCAGGCGGAGAGCGACGGCGGCGGCCAGGCCAGCCCGGGCCGGGAGAGCCAGAGGAACCCGAGGGCGGCGCGGGACGGACGAACGGACGGACAGACUGACGGACGGGCGGGCGGGGCAUGAGCCUCCCUGGAGCACGACAGGUUCUCAGAGGUUCCUGGAUGAAACAGGCCUGAGGCAGGCAGAGGCAAACAGGAAGUGCUGACCCAGUGCUGCUGGAGAAGGACACUCCCCGGCCGCCUUGCUCUCUCACGGGAAUCCUCCAGGGGAUGUCCAGCUGAGUGACUGCCUGAGCCCGGGGGGCCUCCGAGGGUGACCUCUGGGCUUGCGUCCCGCCCGGGGACUGGCCCGGAGUCCGUGGAAGAGGACAGCCCAGCCUGGCCCCUUCUGCCUCCUUUCGUUGUCAUCGAAGCCCCCCCAUUCGCCACGCUGCAGUGCGGCCCGCCCGCCCCCCGGCGCCUCCCCCCUUCCCCGCCGGGCCCUGCCCUGCCGCCCCCCUGUCCCGGGGCUCUCCCGCCCCCCGGCAGAAGGCGGACGGCCAUGAAGCUCCACGCCGUGAUGGAGAAUCUCCUGCAGCGGCAGCAGCGGGCCCGGCAGGAGAUGGAGGCCCGGCAGCAGGCCCCGGAGCCGCCGGGGCCCACCCCGCCGCAGGGGCCUGGGCCCAACGCUGAGGACGGCGAGCCGGAGAGCGUGCGCAUCCAGCGGGCCCAGAUGGCGGCCCUGGCGGCCAUGCGGGCAGCAGCCGCCGGCCUGAGCCAUGCCCCCAGCCCGGGCGGCUCCGAAGAGAGUCCCAUGUCCGGCGAUGAGGAGGAGGAGGACGAGAUAGAAGAAGACGAGGCUGCCCCGGCCCCUCCUGCACGGGCAGAUGAGCCGGCCCAGGGGGCAGAGGGCAGCCAUGGGCGCUUCCAGGAGCUCGUCUCGGAGGAGGAGGAAGAAGAGAUGAAACAAAAAUGGGAAGAAGAAGACUUUGAGGAGGACCCCGGGGAGGAGGAAGAGGAAGAGGAGGAAGAGGAGGAGGAAGAUGACUAUGAGGAAGAAGAGGAGGAGCUGGGAGAGGAAGGGAUAGGUCCGGCCGGCCGGGCCAGGCUGGGCACCGGCUCCCUGCUCCCUCGGAAGCCACCGGCUCCCCAGCCCUUCCUGGGCGAUCCGUCUCGGUUACUGGGGGGCCAAGACCGCCUAGCUGCAGGACUCACCCACCCGGGUACCUCUCAGCUCCCGCCUCAACCGCAACCCCCCGACCAUGGGGACUGGACGUACGAAGAGCAGUUUAAACAGCUAUAUGAACUGGAUGGGGACCCCAAGAGAAAAGAAUUCCUGGAUGACCUCUUCAGCUUCAUGCAGAAACGAGGGACCCCGGUGAAUCGGAUCCCCAUCAUGGCAAAGCAGGUCCUGGAUUUGUACAUGCUCUACGUGUUGGUGACCGAGAAGGGUGGCCUGGUAGAGGUGAUCAACAAGAAACUCUGGAGGGAGAUCACCAAGGGUCUCAACUUGCCCACCUCCAUCACCAGUGCUGCCUUCACCCUUCGGACGCAAUAUAUGAAAUACCUGUAUCCCUACGAAUGUGAGAAAAGAGGGUUGAGCAACCCCAGUGAGCUACAGGCUGCCAUCGACAGCAACCGGCGGGAGGGCCGCCGACAGGGCUUCGGAGGCUCCCUCUUUACCUACUCUCCAGGAGGGGCCCACGGCAUGCUGUCCUCCCCCAAGCUGCAGGUGGCCCCCCUGGGCCUGCCAGCCAAUAGCAACGGAGGUGCCAUUGCCCCAACUCAGAAGAUCAAAAAAGAGGAAGACUCUUCCAUUCCCAUCACGGUGCCCAGCCGCCUGCCUGUCUCCCUGGCAGGCCACUCUGUAGUGGCGGCCCAGGCGGCUGCCGUGCAUGCAGCUGCAGCACAAGCAGCCGUCGUGGCCCAGGCUGCAGCCCUGGAACAGCUGCGGGAGAAGCUGGAGUCCGGUGAGCCCCCGGAGAAGAAGAUGGUCCUGGUGGCAGAUGAACAGCAGAGACUGAUGCAGCGAGCCUUGCAGCAAAACCUCCUGGCCAUGAGUGCCCAGCUGCCAAUGAGCAUCCGCAUCAAUAGCCAAGCAUCAGAGAACCGCCAGGACUCGGCCAUGAACCUGACCAGCACCAAUGGCACCAACAGUAUUAGCAUGUCCGUGGAAAUCAACGGUAUCAUGUAUACAGGGGUGUUGUUCGCUCAGCCUCCAGGCACACCAGCCUCUGUCCCAGCCUCUACUCACAACAAAGGUGGCAACAGCAAUACCAACAGCAGCAAUACCAACAGCAGCAGCAGUAGCAGCCGGGGCGGGCCUGGCACGGGCGGCGCGGGCAGCGGAGGUGGCGGCGGCAGUGGCGGCAGUGGUGGUGCUCAGGCUGGGGCAGCGGGUCUGUCUGUCCCUCCAGCUUCUACCUCGAAUAACUCUUUGCCUUAAGCCGCCAAAGGGGCCUAGCCUGCCCCCCUCUUUCUCUCUCUCUCUCUUUCUCUUUCUCUUUCUCACCCACAUGCUGAGCCCAUUGGACUGGUGGGGUGGGGGUGGGAAACGGGGGCCCCAGGUGAGGGUGAGCAAGGGAGGAAUGGGGGAGCAGAAGAGGCCGGGGAAGAGAGAUCAAAAACAGGGAGUUAGAGCUGACGCCCCAAGACAGAUACACACAUCCCAGGAAAUCUAUAAAGAGAAUUGAAUAAAACCGGGGGAAAAGAGAAGGAACACUUGAAUUUCUCCGGGUUUGGGACCCUGUAGAGCAUCAGGAGAAAGAGAGAGGGAAAUUAGGGAGAGGAGAAACUAAAGAGACUUUUCCCAGUGGCUUUAUUGUAUCCCCCAAGGGACCCAGCUACCCAGGAACCAUGGGGGUUCAGGUUUUUAUCAGUUGCUUUGUCAAUUCAACACUGUUUACCUCA